UCCCGCACUCGCGCUUCCCCCGCGCCUCUCUCUCUCCCCCUCCCGCCCUGCCUCUCUCUCUUCCUCCAAACCCUAACCCGCGCCGGCCUCCCUGCCCCGCCGCCGUCAUCUCCUUCGCCUCCCGGAGCUCAGCCCGAGUUUGGUGGCGCGGGGUUCCUGGCGGUCUUCCUCCCGCUGCUCUGGGUGGCGUGCCGCCUCCGCCGCCGACAGGAGGGGGCCGCGGUGGCCGCUGAACAGCCCGGCUACUAGCAGCUCGCGCCGCCCAGCUCGUGGGUCACCUCCCUCCUCCUCCCCAUCGGGACUGGGCAGGAGGAUGAGCGUUGUCGCGCCGCCGCCGCACACCCCUGUCGUCGCGCCGCCGCUGUCCCUGAUGGUGGUGUGCCGCCCAGGUGAGAAAUAGCAGAAAGAAUAGGAAGCCUAGAGGGUGGUGGGGGAGGAAGAGGAGAUCGCGGUCGGCAGCUCUGCGUCCAUUCAUCCAGGUGCAGUCUCACGCAAAUGACGGCCGUCCUGUCGCAGAACGUGGUCCUGAAUUUGUUUAUAUAUUUGUUAGAUGUACGAGCAACAGAAGAAAAUCUCCCCUUUGCUCAUUGUUGGUGGUUCAGACUCGGGUCUUCGAUGCAAAUCGAUCAAGUGCCCCCAUCUUUAGUUAUUCUGUUUGGUGGUACGUGGAUCUGCUGGUGCACUGAAUGGGGAGCUGAUGAACCCGGCGUCUCGACAGAUAUACCUCAUCUUCCCGGCGGACAGCACCUUCCACGAGGAUGACAUCUCCAACUACUUCAGCAUCUACGGUAAUGUCCAUGAUGUGCGCAUCCCCUACCAGCAGAACCACAUGUUUGGGUUCGUCACCUUCGUCUACAAGGAGAAGGGCAAGGUCCGCAGCAAGUUCAGGAAGCAGAAGGGCGUGAGGGUGGACUUCUCUAGCUGCGGGUCUCCCAACUAUUGUAUCUACUUGAUUGCCUUCUGUUAUCCAGAUCGAAAUUGUCCUAAGAAUGAGGCAACACUCGGAGGUGGCACCUACACAUGAUCCCUGUCUCGCUUAGAUGUCAAGGUCGUUUCUCUCCAUAUUGUAUACCUUUCAUAGGUUUUUUCCUGGCUUUUACUUUAUGAUGUGUAGAGAUUAAACGGUAUCUGCUUGGACUAUUAUUGUAUUCGGCACUAAUAAAUCAUAAAUAAUGGUAUGAGACUAUGAGUAUACUCUUACGGUUUUACUUAAUUUCUACCUCCGUUGAUAUAGCAUAUCUUCUUUGUAUUAUUUCACAGGAUUCUUUGCAAGCAGUUAAAAUAUCCUAUAUAAUCUGGAAAAGAGAUAGCUUAAAUCGGUGCAUGUGUAAUUAACUCCAUAUAUUAUUUCGAGGCAGAGUUCAAUACAUGCAUGUUCUCUCAAAUUAGGUUGCCCUUGGCGUGUAUACAAAUGUGAUGCUUCCUUCCAUGACUAAACAGGUUGAUGUUAGGUAUGAAUGUAUAGUCGAGUCAUCUUUAACAUAAUUGCUUUGUGCACUAUGUUUCAACUCUGUCAAUUGUGUUGGCAUAACUGAUUCCACUGCCUUUUGUUAUUGUUUGGAUCAACUACUAUGUACUGAACCUAUUUAUAUCUAUGCCAUGCUUUACCGCAAAAUGCUGAUUUAUGUUGUUCCAAACUGAAGCUCUUAUGGACUGCAUAUUAUAUACUAGAUUGAUAUGAAGGUGUCCAAAGAUGUGGCAUAUCAAGAUUGUUAGGCUUUCAUGAUAGGUCCUGUCAGAUUAACUAUAUUAUUGUCUACUUCAUGUUUUUCGUGCAUUUAAUUCUGUUUGUUUUGAUCGAGUAAGUGACACCUAACUUUCAUUGAUUUCUAGGAUUGUUCAUUAUCUUGAGCCAUGCCUGCUACCGAAUCUGAAUGUUUCCAUCUCUGGUACCAUGGCACGGCAUUGGCGGCGGCAUCUUGGUGAAGAAGAGGACUACAGUGGCUUAGGGAGGAAGUUGACAGUGGCAACCUGAUCUAUGUAUGUUUCUCCUGUGGCCACGGCCAGGGGUGAGAUAUCGAUUAGGCUAGCCCUGACAUUCACGGGCUUGGAUAUGGGGCUACAGAUCGUAGACCUGGUAAUAUAAUUUUUUGCAAAUUGUGCUUGCAGUAGACUUUAGAGCUGAGCUAGAUGGCCUCGCAUCCACGCUGAUCUAUGUAAGUAUUAGGUAUCAAUCGAACUUGACUCUUUAUGUUCUGAAUGAUGCAAAUGUUGACCACCACAUUUGGUAGGUUCAUGUGAGCACUGAAAUAAUUGUGAUGAUCUCGAAGAAUUUCUGAGCAAUGUCAUUGGUAUUCAUUUAUUAGUUUGUUCAGGUCUGCGUAUGUGGCAACUAAUUUUAUAUGUCUCCCUCAACAUUAUAAGAAUGCUUUGUGGCACAAAAGUGCAUGCACUGUCUUACAAAUAAUGGUUGGCUGUUCUAAAAAUAUGGAUUCUAAAUUCCAUUUGUCUUUGACUUCUUAAUUUAACCUAUGUGCAUGUUCUUAUGACAAUGAUGCGAUGUGUGAAAUUUGUUUGG